CUGCUGAAACUGGAGAACUAGUAUGCCGUGGAACACGUGUCAGGACCACUAAAUUUGCGCCCUUUUGCGGAGAUUGUGCUACAGAAGAGUGUCUUGAAAUUGUUGAAAUUGUCCGUAUUAAAAUUUGCGUGUUGUAAUUCUGUCGAGCCUCGCGAAUUGAGCAUCUGCUAGCAGAGAACAGGCUGUACGUGAGUGUGACUGAUAGUAAACAAAAGAAAUUUUCCCCUUUCACUGCACGGGUUUUUGCAGUCUAGUGCAAUCCGUCGAAGAACAUCCACCAUCGAUACGCAGUAGGCAGUGUGUCACAAUGGAGAAGGUGAAAAGUGUAGAACGGGCAGCCAUCAUAAAAAAUCGCCCAAGCAAUGAACAGAAAGCGGUGGCUGCCAACGGUAGCCCCGGUUUGAACAGUGACGGAACACAAGCGCUUCGAAUGCGACCCUCACAGCUUUACCAUCCACACGGUCAGCAGACGCUGGGAACAGGACCACUCUCGUCCGAUCGCAAGACCCACACCGUACAGCACCAACAGGAUCGCACUGAGAAUGAAAAGUGUAACGAGGACACAAACAACGGCGACAGUGGCGAGGACGAGCAGGAAAAUCAAUACUUCUACGAGGAUGAAAUUUUUUGUCUCACCCCCAAAAAUGGUCACGUCAAGUUUGGCCUGGUGCUCGACAACUACGACGAAAGCGAAGAAGAAACGGCAGAGGAAGAUGCACCAAAGCGGGGUGAAAUUCGUGCCUGUUGGCAUCCGGAUGGACACGAAGAAAUCAUCAAACAGAGAAAGGUAGGCCUUGCCGAUAGGACACUAAUGCCGGGUGAUGUUGUGCGUCGAAUGGUUCCGGGUAGAGACACGCAGCGGGGCUACUGUCACGAGAUAACCGUUAAGGCAGAUCUCCGUAUCAUCGGCACCAAGCACGUCAUCCGUAACGUGCCGUCGGAUCGACUUCGGCCACUGUUAUCCCUGCCUAAAGAUAGUGCAGUUUGUCUUGACUCAUGGGUCGGCAGCACAAAGCAAAUUAUCGAAAAGUUAAUCCUGAAGUCGUCCUGUGGAUCGCUUGUAGAAAUAUGUCCUGCCAGCGAGUUAGGAAUGUUCCGGGAUCAUAAUAUGCGCUUCCGGCGAGGAUUCUUUGCCGAACCAUUAUUCUAUCCAGGACAGCAGCUGGUAGGGCUUAUGAGCGAGCUGGCCAAUGCCAAGUGGCUCACCACGUCGAACGAGAUGAAACUUUCACGCAAGAAUUACAUGUUGGAACGAAAAUUCACCGUCCAAUCGGUGGAGCUGCAGGGCGUUUCAGUCCAUUGGCAGUGUAAGGUUUCGACCGAAGAUCUAGAACAGAAGCUGUCCGAAGGGGGCAGCUUGCAACAACCACCAGAAUACAUCAGUAAGGAGGAUUUGAAGCGGUUGAAAAAAUUGAAUCUCUUCGAAUCGUGUAUGCUGCAGAUAAACGAUAAAAAUUAUCUAAAAAUAGAAGAAUCUGAUGUUAUUUGCUCCAAGCAGGCUUGGCGCAAGGACAUGAGCGGCAAAUAUCGGGAGCAAUUGUCGCAAGAGAGCAAAGCGAAAGUAAAGCCAAUCAAAGCUUCAACCGCAGAAGAGGAAAAGGUGACGAAAUCAUCUAAAUCGAGCAACGUAGAUUCUAAGCUGACGGUUCGCAGCGCUGGAAAAGAGAAUGGAGGCCACGGUUUCUCAACAAAGCUCGCGAAUGAGGACAGUGAUGAAGGAUGGGAAACAGACGAGGAAGGUGAACAAUCGGACGGAGCCGCAUCGUCUUGUUCGGUUACAUCUAAACCAAGCCCGAGAAAAUCUCCCUUGCUGGCGAAACGUGUCUGUAAGCUGAAACGUCGGCAGUUGGCUGGAGAAUUUAGUGGUGAUCGAUUUCCAGCAGCUGGGGAUGAAGUGGUCACUGAGGCGUUGGUUGUUUAUAGCACGGCAACGGUCGUUUGGCAGGAUGGGACGAUCGAAACGAAUAUUCCAUCAACCGAACUUCGUCCGAUACAUCACCUGGAUGAUCAUGAAUUUUUUCCAGGAGAUUUUGUGCUGGCAGGCAAUACCGAUCCGGCUAAAAAUCCAUCCUUCCGGGAUUACGGUGUCAUACAGGAUGUAGAUCAUCAUGGAAGAACGGCCCGUGUUAAAUGGUUCAGUACGUACACGUGCACAUCAGAACCGCAGCCAACAUACAACGGUGAAUCGGAGGUCAGUGUGUACGAUCUGAAAGAUCAUCCAGAUUUCCAAUAUCGGCCCGGGACAAUCGUAAUUCGUGUAGCUAACUUCACCGGCGAAGAUGGUGUAUCCACCGCCGGUCAGGUAUUGGACAAUUACCCGAACGGGAUGGUGAAGGUAUGGUGGGUGGACGGAUUCGUCAGCAUGUGCUGGCCGCAGGAUAUUUUCGAGGUUGGACAAUACGAUUCGGAGAACAAUUUCUGGGGCAGCGUGGGUGAUUCAGAUGCUGAUUCGUGGGAAACGGAAGCAGAAUCGUGUCACUUUGGUGACGCAGAUGAGGAAUCCCCAUCGGUAAUGCUGAAACCGCAGCUAACAACAAACCUCGAGCGGGCUCGCGUAGCAAUUGCACGGCUCGAGGAACUGUUCAACAUAAAUCCCCAUCUACAAAACCAAGAAAUUAUGAAAAAGCUUAUGAUGGUUUACAAAAAGUGUCGUUUCCUUGAUCGACUGAUGAAUACGAGUUUCUUCCACGAGCGCCAUUUUAUGGGGCUGGUAGAACGGGUACGAAAGUCAAACAAUCAGACAACGGUCGAACGAAUGCAGGAUCAGAAGAAUCGUCUGUUUAAUCAGAGUGCAUCCGGUUCGAAAACGUCCACUCCGACAGCCAAUACACCGGAGGCAGCAAAAACGUAUCCCUUGCAGAGGGUUCUCUUCAGUCCGAGCACACCGAACAGUCCGUCGAUCAGUAGUCCCACCGAAAAGCAGGAGGAAAACGAUAAUGCCAACUAUAACGUCGGUAUCGCCAACAUGGAGUUGGACUACGUGAACAUGUGCAUGAAGAUGAACGAGAACGCGGAGAAUGAUCUGAACAAUACAAGUUCUGUGUUCGAUCUAGCCGAAGGUGGUCCAGGAUGCGACAAGCCGGAUCAGGAAGAUAAAGAAACGGGUGAGCAACUGUCCCGGGAGUGUGUCGCGGCACGGUUAUGUUCGCUACUCAAGAGUCAGCUCAUAAAAGUGCUUGAAGAGAUAAACGAACGUUACGGGUUGGAGGAUCCUUUCAAAGAGAUUAUUUCAGUUGUAGAGCUCAAGACACCGACACUUGCCUCGAUGCCACCCUCUUGGACACCAUCUCCUGCCGGAACGCCGGAAAUUCCCGGUAGUACUCCAGACCCGAUAGCCGCAAGCUCGCCAACCGUGGCAGGCAUGGAUAUGGUACCAUCUUCGCCGUCUUGCGCUGUAUCCGAAAGCUUCCAGAUAAUCGAAUCGUCACCAACUUCACACAAGUUUCAUCUAACAAUUUUUCAAACCAGCAACGCACAAAGCUUCUACAAAGCGGUACAACGAGAACAUUGGCUUUUGCGGACGGCUUUACCACCAGGGGUGUGGGUUAGAACGUUUGAAGACAGGCUAGAUUUGCUGAGCGUUAUGAUCGAGGGUCCCAAGAAAACGCCAUACGAGGAUGGUUUGUUUUUGUUCGACAUUCAGCUUGGGCUGGAUUAUCCGCGCGCUCCACCAUUGUGCCAUUACAUAAGCUACUGCACCGAUCGAUUGAAUCCGAAUCUGUACGAAGACGGCAAGGUAUGCGUUUCACUGUUGGGAACCUGGUCCGGUAAAGGUACGGAAGUUUGGGGACCGUCUAGCACGCUGCUGCAGGUGAUCGUGUCCAUACAGGGAUUAAUUUUGGUUGCGGAACCAUACUUCAACGAGGCAGGAUAUGAAAAGCUUCGGGGUUCACAGCAGGGCAAGGAAAAUUCGCGUAUGUACAACGAAAUGGUACUACUGAAACUGGUGCAAUCAAUGACCAAAUUGGUGUCGAAUCCACCGGAAGUGUUCCGUGAUCAAAUUUUAACCCAUUUCCACGCGUGUGGGCACCGCAUGUAUCAUCGACUUAAAACAUGGAUGGAACUGUCCAAUGAUUACAACCGUCGUACUAGUGUUGCAGAACAAAAUGAAAAAGAAUCAAUCGCAUCUUGUGAUUCGGAUGCUUCUCAACUGAAAGGUGUUUCUUCUCCUGUUGCCAGUCAGGAUGAUACAACUACCAAGGACGAAUUACUGUCAGAAAACAGUGAUCCUAGUGUACCGCGGCCAGAAUUUCCGCUCAUUCCAGCAAGCCGUGGUUUUUGCCUCACGCUGACCGGUCUUUUGGAAGCGUUCCAAAAGCAGUUGCAGCAGUUAGCAACUUUGCCGGCGACACCACUAUCGGACGGUAAAUAACAACCAGAAUUAGAAAGAAGUAUGUAUUGUUGCUAUGGCCGAUAUUUUUCGGCAGGUUGUGUUGUUGCGGUGCCUCUAGUUCAUACUGCGAACGCAGCAUAAAACAUUAAAAACAUUCUGCGACACGGAACACAGGCACUAAAGAGAUAGCUUUAACAGAUACAACGUUGCAUAAAUGAGUACGCACCCCAUGAAUAUUAUUAUUAUUAAACCAUUUUACAUGAUGUGAGUUUUGCGAUGGCACGAACAUUUUACAGCGGCACGUUUUUGUUACUUAAGAAUGAAAUAAUUAUUUUGCACCAGUGACUGCAGUGAACGAAUUUACAACAUUUGGUGGAAUUUAAAACUUGUAAUAUUCGUUAUUUCAUCAUAUGCCACUGUUUUGGUAUUCGUUGCCAAACACUCUAUUCUGCAGUCGCCAGGCUUAUACGUUUUGUAUACGUUUGUUUGAUCUUAGAAGAAUCAUUCAGUUCCAUGUUCGCACAUAUCACGGGUCAUAUUCCUUAGCUUAAUGUUAUGUAAUGAUAUUUUUAUAUAAAUAAGCUCUUUAACGCUAAAUUAUACAUUAUAUGUUGCUGUCAUCCUGCCAGUUUCUCCGAUCGCGUUACAGUAUUGAUUGGCUAUGUGUUGUGUCGAAAUAUGUUUUGCAGCUCAGUAGAUCUGCGAUCUGCUUAAACCUAUGAUCUGCUUAACAUAUGGCGAGUACUCCGUUACAGAAUUAGUCGAUUCUUUUUCUUCCAGCACAUGGAAGAAAAUUGAAUAGGAAAAAAAGUCUAAGCAUUCCAUACAAACGAGCUGCAACGGGUAGCUAUUGCAAAAUAGGGAUACUGUUUUGUAAAUAGCACUGUUGGUAAUGAAUUGGAGAGAAAGUUUAAACCCGAAAUCUCAUACAAUGCUGUGCCUAUAAUUAAAUCAAUUACAAACUAAACGUUCACCGUACGAAACGAAACGCUAAUGCUCACAACAAGAAGGAAAAGACGUUCUAUUGCGUUGAUGGCGUAAUUUGAUCUGAAUUUUUAAUCCUAGUGAGGGAAAACUAAUGAGUCACCAAAACAUGAAACGAAAUCAAAACCAAAUGCUCCUAAAAUUAGCAUUAGCUAUUAGCAAAGAACAAUAACUUAGAAACUAGCAGAAGAGUAAAAAAUACAAUGUUGCAAUGCACAACUCGCAAAUGAAAGGUAGAAUUGUUAAUAUUAUACUUACCAACACCUAACAUAUAUAGUUCUAUCCGCGCGAAAGCGAACGGUGGCAGGAAUAAUUACAUAAGCAUGUGAGCAUUGAACAUAAAUUAAUCCUAUGCGAAACAGCUACAGGCUAAAGCUGGAUUCUAGCUUAUCACCAUGACCAACACCAGGUAUCUGCAUGACGACCCCGAUACGGAAGCUCACUGUUGAAGCUGCCCAUCAAGUUCCUUUCGAUUCGCCUACCCCUAAUAGAGUUGGAAUGGCAUAGUUCCAAACAUCUUCUACCAAAUGCAAUAAGCUAUACCGCAUGCGGCAAGCACAUAAAAUUUGAACGCACAUGAAAAGAUAGAAGAUAACCGUGUACGCUACAGUGAAACAUCUUUUAAAACCACAAUCCGAGCCCUUUUAACGGACUAGCCGUGAAGCCUAGUUAGCGCCUUUGGGAGUGUCGAUCGCGGUAUGCGCAGUUUGCAACGGUGUUGUACAGCAGCGCUGAACGAACUGUGCGGUAUUGAUAAACGAAACAUCUUUUAAAUCUACAUUGGCAGUUUCGGAAGCAGUGUGUAUUAUGUUCCGAUGCCAGAGCUACAUGCUUUAGCGGUUUUCAGGGUGGCUUGAUCGCACUAUGCCAAUGUAAAUUGGUGAAAAAUAAAAGAUUGCGAAGGCAACGUAAAACAAGACUGUGUAUCAUGAAGAGUCCGGCCCGACGUAGGCGUAGGAGGAAUGAAGGAAAGAUUUGCAGAAAUCGGGGAAAUAUUUUUCUUUAUCGAUAUCGGAGCCUUAUCCGAAUGAGCGUGUACCUUAUCAUUCAACCCGCUACCUACUGUUACGUAUUACAUGAAGCCCGGAAAGGGCUGCUUUAACGUGAGUAUUUUGUAAUUUCUCGAACCAAACACCCUGUUUGUAUAUAACAACUAAUUUUCAUGUAGCAUUUUGUUUUCAUAACGUUUUCCCCAUACCAAAAAGUCACUUAAAUGUUUCUAUUUAGGGUAUUUUUUUAUAUGCUGUGCAGUCAAAUCUAUUUACAUAAAUGUAUCUAUUUAAAAAAAGGGCCUUUUGUUGCAUUCAGAUCCAUUGGGACGAUAAGUUGGUGGUUUUGUGUGUGCGAGCAAAUUGAUAGCAUUGCGUAAAGGAGGCAGUGGUUGUAAGAAAAGUAACAAAUUUAAGCGUAUCAACUUAGCGUUGAAAAGGAAUGGUUUGUCGCGACGCGUUUGUCGAAAUUCUUGCAAAAGCAAAACCGCAUAAUGUAAUAAAGUGA